AUGUUUGGAUUUCCAGGUCAGCAACCAUCUGAAGAGGAGAAGAAAUUACAUGAAGCUCAAACCAACCAAACUUUGCAAAAUGCUGCUAUCGGUGCUGCUUUAUUGUGGGUUAGUCCAAUCCACAAUUGUGAUACAAACAAUAGAAGGUUGAAUUCAAGCAAAAACAAGUUAUUUAAAGAAAUAUCCUUUAAAAUAAACCAAAAAUGGAAAUUGAAUGAUAAUAUUAUUAGAAAUACAGACUUUUCUAACCCAUAUAAAAAUCUAUGGUAUUUAACUCAUUAUUUUAUUGGAUUGUCAAUAGACGGCAAUGAUAUUAUGUUAUAUUUCAACAAAUCGCCCAAUGACAAUGUGAAUGUGGUAGUACCCAAAGAAGAUGUUUCUACCCUUAAUAAUGGUGCCAUCCCUCGUAAUCCUAAUAAGUCUACCUUUAAUGAAACUGCAGAAUUAUUAUACACGUCACAGGGGGAAGAAUUAUAA